AUGGACGGAGCUCUAAACGCUACUGUUGCCCGGGUCCGCAUUGCCCUGGUUCAAUCCGAAGCCGUUGCGAGACUUGGAGUUGAACCUCCCUCCUCCCGGCCAUCCCUUCAUCGACGCAGGCGAAGCACCGUCACGGCUGUGUACGCCGGUACCAAGGACGGGGUGCCCCUUUUCGCCAAGCAAAGAGUCGUACGGGUCGUAUAG